AUGUACCCGUUAUCCAGACCCAUAAGGCGGCCAGCGUCGAGUGUCUCUCUCAAGCCACCACGCCGCCGAGGUCAUGGUCGCAGAAGAAGCCUUCCGCGCUUACAUCGGAGUGCAGAUACCUCGAUUCAGGGCGUACAUCCUGAGACAGGGCAGGUAUCUCCCCUGCUCUGUGUGAUGCUUCCUUCGCCUUCGACGAUCUUUCCAUUUCGAGGUCAGACCAGACUAGUCCUGCCACACCCCUCGACAGCUACGGAGACCCUAGCGCUUCCUGACUGGCAUGGCACCACCUCACGGUUAUAG